CUGUUCCUGAUAUCACUAUUUUAUUCGUUUCCCUUCAAUUUCUUAUUUCUUACCCUUGUAUUCUUUUCCUUCACUGCACACUCUGAUAAAACUCCAAGUCUUCCAUUCUUCUCUUUUAUCUUCCCCAUCCCUCUGUCUUUCUGCUUAAUUCUCAGUUCUCAACCUUUAAAUACUUCUCUCUCAAAUUGCUCUUCCUUUUAGGACUCUUUUUCUAUAGACAGUUCUAUAAGCCAUGGAUCAUAUGGAGCAGUUAAAGGCAUCAGAGGACCAAAUGGAGAUGAUGAUGAUGUUGGAAAUGGACAAACUUCCUGAGUUUUGUGGUGCAUACAAUGAUGUCAAUGAGUUGCAAACCCAGGAGUUUUCUGGUCCUAGUAGUACUAGCAAUAACAACAAUAUUAGCAAUAUGUCGCAUUACAUGAAUAACCCACAAAUAGCUUCACCACCUUCACCCUUAUUUCUAAACCUACCAUCCACUAUCUCAUUCCCUAACACCAACCCAAUUCAACAAGCUUCAACUCCAUCAUUCUUAUCAGGUGGAAGGGCAGUUUCUACAGCAACACAGAAGAGGAAUUCAAUGGCGGCAAUGAGAGAAAUGAUAUUUCGGAUAGCGGCAAUGCAACCAAUACACAUAGACCCUGAAUCAGUGAAGCCACCAAAGAGAAGGAACGUGAAGAUUUCAAAGGAUCCCCAAAGUGUAGCUGCACGCCAUAGAAGAGAAAGGAUAAGUGAGAAGAUAAGGAUUUUGCAAAGACUUGUCCCAGGAGGUACUAAAAUGGACACUGCUUCUAUGUUAGAUGAAGCAAUUCACUAUGUGAAAUUCUUGAAGACACAAGUGCAAUCCUUGGAAAGAGCUGCGGCUAAUAGGCCAACUGGGAUAGGGUUCCCUGUGGCUAUGUCUAGUGGGAGUAAUAUAUAGUAGUUAUCUUCCUAUGGCAAAAGCUUCCCAAGCUCCUCAUGCUCAAACUGUUCAGCCUUAUGAAGAUGCUUAAUUAGCUGAAGAAGAUGAUUUUUUAGCUUCAGAAUAUUGAUUAUGUCUAAUGAUUGAUGAUGAUUUGUAAGGUUAUAGA